UUUUUUUUUUUUUUAUUAUUUUUGUUUUUAUUUUUUUUUCCUGUUUUAUUUCUUUUUCUUUCUUUCUUUCUUUCAUGGUUCGAUUAUCUGUGAAUAAUAAAUAUACAACCCUCAUACGACGAUUAUUACCAGCAUGUGAUAAUGAUAUUUCUUUGGCCAAACGACAAAUUAUAUGGAUGAAGGAAAAGAUUAUUAUGGAUCGACACGAUAUUAAAAACACUUCUACUUUACUCACCACAGAAGAACUGAAUCGACUAGAUACCUUUGUUCAACAACGUGUAGAACAACAUAAACCUUUACAAUAUAUACUAGGCACUCAGCCUUUUUAUGGUUUGGAUAUUUUGACAAGACCACCUACCUUAAUACCAAGAUGGGAAACAGAAGAAUGGACACAUCGACUUGUAGAAUUGAUACAACCUUAUUGGAAAAAACAACAAGGACGACGACGACGUAUUCUUGAUAUAUGUACAGGAUCUGGGUGUAUUGCUUUAGCAUUGGCUGCACAUCUUCCAUCCAAUAGUACAGAUAUUUUGGGUCUUGAUAUCUCUACAGAAGCAAUCAAAUUAGCUAAUGACAAUCUCGUAAUUCAUCAGAAUCAAUUAAAUGGUAAUCAAGUCCAAUUCCAAAUUCAAGAUAUUUAUCAAGCUAAAGUAGAAAAACUUUUUGAUGAUCCUUGGGUUGAUCUUGUGGUAUCGAAUCCGCCUUAUGUUACACAUACGGAAUAUGUAAAUUUGGAAGCUGAAGUGAAACAAUGGGAAGACAAACGGGCACUGGUAGCAGAUAAUCAAGGUAUUCUUUUACAUCAAAGAUUAAUUGAAUUAGUAUCAAAGAACAACAAUAAUAAGAAGAAGGAUGGUGAUGAAUUAUUACCAAGGUUAAUAAUGGAAAUAGGUGGUGAACAUCAAGUAUCCUCUUUAAAACAAAUAUUGGAUUCUUAUGGAUUUAGACAUAUCAAGAUUUGGAAGGAUUUGGCCGGCAAGGAUAGGGUGAUUUUGGCCAGUUAGAUUUGAUCAAGAUGUACCCUCAUCGGAAGAACAUGAUCUCGCGUGUAUUUUAUAUAUAUUUUUACUUAGUUACACUUUCUCACACUUUUUUUUCUCCCCCACAUGAAAUUUACUCCAAUAAAAUUUUACAAUACAACACAGAAAAA